AAAUAAAAUCAGCAACACAGUUUUUCAUAUAGAAAAAUGCAUAAUUCUUUAUAUGUGUAUAAAUUUGUUAUUUGCUUUCAAAUUUUUUGCAUUGUGCUUUUUGAAAAUCUGGCUUAGGCAACACGUCAUGCAGCUUUUUAAAAAUUUAUACACUUGUGUUUGAAUUGAAUUCGAUUUGGGUUGGGAUGGGCAGUGUAUGAGCUAAAAAUAUAAAAGGAUAUUUAUAUAUCUCCGUACAUCGAAAAUGGUUGAGUUGGAAAGAAAAGCUUAUAACUAGGGCUGAUGUAUUUUCAGUUAUUAAACCUUUUCAUUUUGUUUUUUUCAUUUCUAAAUACCCCAAAAAUUUACUGUUCACUGCAAGGAGAAGAGGUAUCAAAAUGGGCAGACGCACUUGGAAAAGACCUCUGGACUCUAGGGCAGGCUAUAACACAGUUCUCAGAAAUCAAACAAAGAUAUACUUUUGCAAAUGCCAAAGUGGGUGUUAAAGAUCCACAAAUACUUCUUGCUGAAAUCAAAAAGAAGAUAUCAAUAAUGAUCAACAGAAAAAUUAGAGCCAUUCAAAAUAUCCAAGUGAAAGCAGAGCAAUCUGCAGAAGAAUUCGAAUUCAAUGCAUCUACGCCAUUUCAAUACCAUAGCUCUAGAUAUUCACCUGUUGAAGGUGCAGAACCAGUAAAACUACCAAAACCAUUGAGGAAAAAUAAGUAUAUGUAUUUACCAAUGAGGCUGAAUAAUGACACACAUUUUUACAAUAUCGCCGUAAAUACAAAUUAUAGCACUGUACAUGUUCCUGUUAACAUUUAUGACAGAGCAAUCUGCAGCUUUUGCUGUUCAAUGGUCAGAAAGCCUAACAAAAGUAUUUAAAGAAAACUAUGAACGAGAUCCAGCCUUGUCUUGGCAAUAUUUUGGGAGUUCUUCUGGCAUCAUGAGACAUUAUCCAGCAAAAAAGUGGGAUGACAAAGAUAAAAAAGAUAAAAGAUUGCUAUUAUUCGAUUGUCGUGUUAGAACUUGGUUUAUAGAAGCAGCAACCUGUACCAAAGAUGUUAUCAUACUUAUGGAUAAUUCAGGAUCCAUGGACGGAAUGGGGCAUCACAUUGGUUCUUUGACAGCUUUCAAUAUCCUGGAUACAUUCUCAAAUAAUGAUUACGUAAAUGUUUUGAACUAUUCAUCAAAGACAAAUUAUACCAUACCAUGCUUUCAAGAUAUGUUGGUGCAAGCAACUAAGGAGAACAUUAAUGUAUUCAAAGAUGCUAUUUCAGCUUUAGAGCCUGAAGGCAAGACUGUUUUAGCUCAGGCACUUGACGUUGCUUUCGAUCUACUUGCUAAGUAUAGACAUAAAAGAGGAUGUGAGCAAGACAGCAGUAGCUGCAAUCAAGCAAUAAUGGUGAUAACAGAUGACGUUAACGGAAAUUUGUCUGAAGUUAUACAUAAAUACAAUCGUUUUGGGUCCAAUAUCCCUGUUCGAAUAUUUACGUAUUUGAUAGGAAAAGAAGUAUCUAAUGUCGCUGAAGGAAAACGACUCUCCUGUGCUAAUAGAGGUUAUUUCACGCAUGUCCAAAGUUUAGAACAAGUAACAGAAGCUGUCUUGCAGUAUAUCACUGUAAUAGCAAGACCAUUAGUUUUGCAAGGGGAUGAGCAUCCUGUAUCUUGGACACACGCUUAUGCUGAUUUAACAUAUGAUGACAAAAAUGACAAUCUGAUAAAUACACCGUACAGGCUGUUGACGUCUGCAGCAAUACCUUGCUACGACACGAAGACUAAUAAAAUGAACGAUACCAGGACUGCUUAUCUGCUUGGGGUCGUGGGUACUGACGUACCGCUAGAUGAAUUUGAAAGACUCACUGUGCCUUAUAAGAUAGGAGUGAAUGGAUAUGUUUUUAUAGUGAGCAACAAUGGGUAUGUUUUAAUGCAUCCGGAUCUAAGACCAGUGGUACGUCUUUUAUACGCCCAUAUUAAAUCCACGUCAAAUUUAGAUUUAGUUUGUAAUACGAGGGCCGUCUCAAAAAUAAAGUUCUUUGUCACGCAUGGUACGAAAUUCGUGCGGCAAAAACGUUACCACCAAUAGGAAUUCCUCGCCGUUUGAGUGAAGUAUAUAGGGAAAUGUAUAUGAGCAUCCGAUAUGUCCUCAAAUGGUGGGGGUUGUUUUUUUCCUACGAUUAUUUGUUCACAAAAAUUAACUAUAAGGUCAUAGAAGUUGUUUAUUCCAGAACAACAAAUGGCAGCCUCGACGGGUUUUCUUGAAUUUAACACUGUGUUUUUAUUCUCAUCUUUUGUUACUUCCUUCGGGAGUUUUUUUUAAAUAUAUAGAAUCUAGAAGAGGCCCAAUACAUUUUUAAUUUCUUAUAAAACCAAUUUAAGAAAGACACCUGACGAAUUAAUAAUUGAAUUUUUAAUUACCUAGUAUCAAGGCAUAUUAAAAGACAACUACAACAGUAUAGAUUUGACUCAAGUAGAACAGCACGACUCUAACGAAACUAUAGGUCCAAGACAAGUUGUUGAAACUCUUGCUAAACUGAGACAAGAUAUGGUAGAUGGUAAGGAAAGCAGCCUGCGUAAAGUGAGAUUGAAGUACCAUUAUGAUGACAUGAAAAGGGUGUACGAAUCUGCAUAUGAUUAUUAUUACACGCCUUUGGAGAAUACACCUUUUACCAUAGGUAUCGGAAUUCCACACGUGUAUGGCAACUACACUUUAGAAGUUGAAAACGAAAUUUUGAGAAAUAAGCAUACAGGGAUCAACCUAACGUCCUUCUUCACGGGAAAGUGGAAGAUUCAUCCAAAGUGGGUGUAUUGUAAAUAUCACUAUUUGGAGGGCCAUGAAUUUCCAACGCCAGAAAAAGAACUGCUCCACUUUCUAGGCAGAAUGUAUGAUCGAGACUUCAAGUUCCAAAGCCAGUAUGAAGAAAACGUAACAGUAUUACAAGAAGACAGCUACUAUUGUGAUGAACAAUUGAUCCAAAGACUGAUAUUUGACGCUAAGAUUACGCACGAAUCCUUUGGCGAAAAAAGAAACUUUAGUCAACGAGAGAACACUUUAUUUGAAAAGUAUAACGCAUCACUAAGAUUCGUAGCAACUAUGAGCGGUUUGACUAGAUGGGGGUACAUUUUUGAAGAACCGAAAAAUGAUACUAGAGGCAGCUCCGCCAAAGAAUUCGGCGAUUUUCAUCCAAGGGCAAUAAACGAAAAAUGGUACAAAAGUGCUGUACUUCAACAUCAGUAUGACGAAUCUUUGGUGUAUUCAGUGCCAUUUGAUGCAGGUACAAAAGAAGAGUCAUUAGUUACUGGGAGUUUUGCCAUAUUUCCUUCUGAAAAAGGCUUAGAGGCUCCAGGGAGUGUUGUGGGGUUCCAAUUUUCUCAAUCAAAAUUAUAUGCGGAGGUCAAAAAAAUAUCCAGCAAGCUAUCGAAUCAAUGUUCUCACUGCCAAAGAUGCAACGAUACUUUAGAUUGUUACAUAAUAGAUGCAUCAGGUUACAUAAUUGUAUCAGAUGAUAGAAAUUACACUGGCAAAUUUUUUGGAGAAGUGGAGGGGGACAUCAUGGAAUCAAUGCUUGAGGAGGGCAUUUUCAAGGAAGUCACUGUGUUUGAUUACCAAGCAUUGUGUAAAAAGGAUAAUCCUGACACAUCAAGGGGAGUUGGUUUGCUUACACCUUUGACUGUUCUGCAAGCAGUCUUUGAAUGGUUAACGAUGGAAUUGUUGUAUCCGUUGUUAACUUUCAAGUCAUCAGACUUUUAUUAUGUCAUCGCAUAUGCACAAGAGGUAGCAAUAAAUGUAACAGCAGAUAUUAUCGAAAAUGUAUCAGAAACCAACACUGACGUUCCGUCUGCUACUGAUGCCGCUGAGGACCCUACUGAAGAUUCAAACAAUGAAGAUGGAGGUGACGAUAAUGAUGAUGACGAUGAUGAUGACGACGACGAUGACGAUGAUGAUGAUGAGGCUUUCGAAAAUGCUGCGGAUGAUUAUUAUGCUUGCGAAAAGCAGCUGGACCUGUUUGUGUUGAGACAAGAGAUAUUCAUCAAAGGGCAGUUUCAGGGAGAAAUCAACAGACCGUAUGUGAGGAAUUAUUACAUCAAGAGGGUUCCAAAUAGCAAUUUAUACUUUGUGGCAAUAGACAACGGGGGAAAAUCGAGAAUGUCAUAUGCUUACUACACCACAGCUGCUCAACAAAUAACUAAAGAACCAGUAUUUGACAUCAAUCUCAUAAACACAACAUUGUUGCCGUGUCAGAAACUCUAUUUGAACAACAUGCCAAGGAGAAGGUUGACGGGAUGUUAUAAUGAACAUCCUUUGGAACGAGAAAUUGUGGAUUGUGGCAGAGGAGUUAUGGUCAAAGUGAAUUUGUUAUUGUUAAUUAUAAUUACAAUCAAUCAACUUUUUAUGUAGUGUAACACUACUGCAAUACUAGUCAUAUAUUUCGAUUACCCGAUGUAUAAUAUUCAAUUUAAUUAAAGUUUGAUGUUGUUUAGAAA